GUCUUCGCUCACUCGACUCUGGGCGUCUCAUCAGAGCACAUCCCCAGCAGGAGAGAGAGAGAGAGAGAGAGAGAGAGAGAGAGAGAGAGAGAGAGAGAGAGAGAGAGAGAGAGAGAGAGAGAGAGAGAGAGAGAGAGAGAGAGAGAGAGAGAGAGAGGGGGUGUGGCACCAUGGCGGCAAUGCAUGUGACGGCUCUGACGGUUGCGCUGGUGGUGGCGGCGCUCCCGACCAUUCAGGCUUUGAGUUGCCCGGGGCCCUUCAAGGCUCUGGCCAACAAGUGGUGUGUGGUCGCCAUCAUCAACAGGUCCAAUACGAGUCUUCAUUCGUGGAACUCGGCGAGGAGUGACUGUCAGAAUAUGGCGGGAGACUUGAUAAUUCUGGAGGACCACGACAAGAUGCGAGCCGUCUCUAACUACCUGGAUUCCUUUGCUGAACGCUUAUCAACGUAUCCCUGCUGGGUGGGCGGCAAUAAUUUCUCGGGCGUGUGGAAGUGGGUUGACGGACGCCCCAUGAGCCAGCUGUCUCACCUGUGGGCUCCAGAGGAACCGGUAAACAGCUCAACCCAGGGAACCCUCUACACCUUAUUGGUCAGGAUGCGGAAGAGGCGCUACAUGGUGUCUGCCUCUGACUACACCAUUCCGGGCUAUAUUUGCGAGACGUAGAUAGACGUAAGGACAUCAAGAGAGGAGUAGGAAGAUAUGAAAAAGGAAGACGUUAUAAGCUGCAAGAGUUUGAAAAAAAAAAAAAAGACGAGGAGACGAGGAAAGAGAGAACCGUGAGAGAAAAAUUCAAGUAGCUAGAUAUGAGAAACUUUAUGUACUAUGUUUAACAAGUACACAAAGGCAUUACUGAAAAA